AUGUCAUCGUUUCGUGUGUGGUAAUUGAAAGAAUCUUUCCCUGUAAUGAGCACUUCGAAUGAUAACACAGAGCACUCCGUUGCUAUCUUUAUGAUGAACGAAGCCUGCGUGCAACAAGUUCUAUUGGGUGGUUGGCUGGUAGUGGUUGUCGCGAUAUGGGAAGCAGUGAAAGUAUUCUGAGUGCCGAACAGUUGGAUGAAUAUGCCGAGUUAACGUACCUCACCAGAUGGGAGGUGUUGUUGAUUUUGAAAAAGUUGCAAGCUUUGGCACCACAGGACGGGUUACGGCAGGAUUUGCACAGAAGGUUCUCCGGCCGCAAGAUCAUGGACGUGUUUCCGCAAUUGAAGUACAAUCCCUUCCGGGACCAGCUAUUCAAGGUGUUCUCCUCGGCACGCGACACUCGUUGCUCGUUUGAAGAUAUCCUGGACAUGUUUAGCGUGAUGUCGAAAAACUGUCCCCAUCACGUGAAGGCGGCCUGGGCAUUCCGGAUAUUCGACUUCGACAACGACAACAUGAUCACUAAGGAAGACAUUUUUACCACAUGCGAUCGGUUGACCAAGUACGAUCAGCUGAACCGAGAUGAGAAGGAGAACAUUGCGGAAGUUAUUCUGAAAGAGAUGGAUCUUCACAAUAACGGCAGCUUGAGUGAGUUCGAAUUCAUCCAUGUGAUUGCAAAAGUUCCGGAGUUUCACCAUGCUUUCACUUUCAAACCGUAAAAUUGUGAUUAUAUAAUAAUCUAUAUUGCUUGUUAGUUGCUUCAUUAUUCACGAAGAAAAUCUAAACAGGAUUUUUGUCUUUAUUAGCGAGACUUUCAGCCCAAGCCUGGCUCGUCUCAUGAAAAAAAAUAAAUUUUUCUUAUUAUUUGGUAGGUACCUAUUUGAUUCUAGGAAAUAUACAUAUUUUAUUAGUA